AUGGCUGACACAGCUAAAGACGAAGACGGAGAGGUGGAGGCGGCAGAGGAAGAUGGUGGUGGCGGUGGUGCCCCACAGGUGCUGCGUUGCUUUGUCUGCCACCACGACUUGCAGUUGCUUCCGGAGGACGAGGGAACGACCACCGAAAGACUCAGUCUGCUUGAGGUGCACCUCGUCAACGAGCACAAGGUGAUCAUACCGAAGUUCGCCGAUUGGAACGACUUUUUCAGCUUUUAUCGCACCAUGGAGACUGAUUUUGGGGAUCUGCAGCUCAAUGAUCGCUGUUCUCCCUUUGUCAUGAGCAGAUUCGACAAACAAGUGACCUAUCACGUUAUCGACAAGGAGCGCUUUGAUGAAAAGAAUGACUCUCUGCGAAAGACGAUUGAAAACGACUUUCUAGGCAACAUUCUCAAGGAGGCACAGGAUGAACGCAGUGAAACUACCUUUAAACGGACGUGCCUCUUCUGCAAAAAGGUCUUUGAGCAGAAUCGAGCCCCACUCUUUGACCACCUCUACCACGACCACAACUUCUUCUUGGGUCACCCUGACAACAUCAUCAACUCAAAUGAGCUGCUGGACGUGCUGGAGGCCAAGCUGAAACAGCUGCAGUGUCUCUACUGCGAGAAAACCUUCAAAACCUGGAACGUCCUGAAGGAGCAUAUGCGCAAGAAGGGCCACAAGAUGCUGAAUCCUAACAACAGCUCCUACGACAAGUUCUACCUGGUGAACUACCUGUGCAGUGAUAAGAACUGGAAGCAAAUCAAGCAGGAGAAUGACUUCUACGACGAAGAGUGGAACGACUGGGUGGAGGAGGACAAGAAGCAGGACUGUCUGUGCUUCUUCUGCCCGUACAAGUGCAAGUUCGACAAGGUGAAGCAGCACAUGCGGGAGACGCACCGCUUUGACUUCUCCCUCAUCACCUCAAUGGCGGACUUUUACGACCGCAUCAAGGCAGUCAACUUCAUCCGGAAGCGCUUCUUCACCAAUCAGUGCUUCAACUGUGAUAUUCAGACGCCGUCGUUUCCGCUGCUCGAGGAGCACCUGGCCGCAACCCGACACAUCACUACGGCACCGGCGAAAGAUCUAUUUAACCAGCCCGAGUAUUACUUUCCAACUUACGAAGAUGAUGGCUUUCUCUUCUUCCUCGACGAGUUUCCCGAGGAGGAAAAGUGA